AUGUCUCACCACCAACAUCAUCAACAUCAACAAACACCCCCUCCAUCAUCUAGACCUCCCUCACUUUUGGAUUCCCAACAAUUAAAUUUACAACAAUUUGAAAUACAAAAUAAUAAUUAUUUUAAUAACAAUAACAAUCAACAAAAUAAUUUUGUUGAUCCUUUUAUUGGGUUUUCCCCUCCAAUUAAUUUAUUAAUUAAUGGAGAACACCAACAACAAUUAAUUAAUGAUAAUAAUAAUUUAAUUCCUCAAUCUCCACCUCCACUUCCUUCUUCAUCAUUUAUUUCUUCUUCUUCUCCAAUAAAAGUUGAUUCUUCUAAUAAAUUUCUUUCACCUCAACAAUUACUAAUUAAUGGAGAAGAAGAGGAGGAGGAAGAAAAAAUUGGAGAAAAUAAUUUUUGUCUUUCUUUAAUUGGAGAUAAUUUAAAUUUAAAUAAUCUACAAAAAACAUCAAAACAAAAACAUCGUGGAGGGGAGGAAAUUAAAAUUGGUUUUAAAUAA